UAUAUAUAUAUAUAUUGUGUUUAUGUGCAAGCAGAUGUAGCAGAAGAAGAGGUUGGAAAAAAAAAAAGGAAAGACAAGAAAAAUGAGGUUGUCCUUUCAUUGCAUACAAGGUGGUGGUUGUGGGGGUGGUAUUGGGUUUGGCGUUGGUAUUGGUAUUGGUGGUGUUUCUUCUUCUUCACCUUCUUCUCCUCCUUCUUCUUCUUUUUCCUUUUAGAUUUUCGAGGUGAACAAAUUCUCACCACCACUACCGGUAUUUCUGUUAAAACCUUCCCUCUUUCCAACUGCACCCCCAGAUUUUCACGUUAUUGUUCUUGUUUUUCCAACCAGUUAUAUAGAUAAAUAUAUACAUACAUUUAUAUACUCCAUUACCCAUUUGAAUUUAAUCUCUCUCUCUCUCUCUCAUCAAAUCAAUCAAAUCAAAGCAAACCAAUUUGUCCUUCAAUAAAGCAAGUCUCUUGUUUUUUUCUCUUUUAUCUGUUCCCUGUUCCAUUUCUUACUGCUUAAUCAUUGGUUUUCAGGGCCAAUUGUUUUUGCAUCUAAAAAGAUAGUCCUUUUUUAUUAUUUUUCUAUUUUAUUUUUUGUUUUAUUGGUAUAAAUAUAGGAAUUUGGUGGGGUGAGUGGUGAGGAAUGAGAAAGGAAAGGAGGACAACAAAGAUGAAGGGAAGUAGAAUAUCAAGGAUUGGGAGCUAUGCAAUUUCAUCUUCCAUUAGAGACCACCAUCAACAGCCUUGCAUAACGUGUACCACCUUCAACAUCCUUGCCCCUAUCUACAAGCGCAUCAACCUUGAGGAUCCAAGUUGUCGUGAAAGCGAUUAUAGAGCUUAUUGGCUGACCAGGAACCAAAGGAUAUUGGAUUGGUUGUUGUAUGAAAGAUCUUCCAUCAUUUGCCUUCAGGAAUUCUGGGUUGGAAAUGAAGAGCUUGUCAAUAUAUAUGAGAAGAGACUUAAAGAUGGUGGUUAUAGCAGCUUCAAGCUUGCACGAACCAACAACCGCGGUGAUGGUUUACUGACCGCAGUUCGUAAUGACCACUUUAGAGUUCUUCACUACAGAGAGUUGCUUUUCAAUGACUGCGGAGAUCGUGUAGCUCAGUUGUUACAUGUGGAAUUAGCUACCCCAAUUUCUCAAUUUCGAAACAAAGAUAUUCAGCAGGAGAUUCUCAUUGUAAACACACACUUGUUAUUUCCGCACGAUUCCACUUUGUGUCUAGUAAGGUUGCAUCAGGUCUACAAAAUCCUGCAACAUGUAGAGUCGUAUCAAAAGGAAAACAAAUUAAAUCCAAUGCCUAUCAUACUCUGCGGUGACUGGAAUGGAAGCAAACGCGGACAUGUUUAUAAGUUCCUUAGGUCGCAGGGGUUUGUCUCAUCCUAUGAUACAGCUCAUCAAUAUACUGAUGCAGAUGCACAUAAGUGGGUUAGUCACCGUAACCAUCGGGGGAACAUAUGUGGUGUUGAUUUUAUAUGGCUUCUUAAUCCUAAUAGAUAUCGGAAACUACUAAAAACAAGUUGGAGUGAAACAGUAUUUUCUAUGUUCAAGUGUCUACUACGCAGAGCCUCACUGACAGAAGAAUCAGCAUUUGCCUUUCUCAAGGCUGAUAGCCAUGGUGAUUACAUUACCUACUCAGGUUUCUGUGGAGCACUUCGACAGCUUAAUUUGAUUGGCCAUCACCAUGGACUUAGUGCCGAAGAGACAAAGGACUUGUGGGUUCAAGCAGAUAUAGAUGGCAAUAAUGUACUUGACUAUAAAGAAUUUCAGCGAAUUUGGAAUCCUACAGGAUCAGAGCAACGAGACGAGUAUGGCAAUGAGGUUCGAAAUGGUGAUUCAAAGAGUAGUCAGCAACAAACAAUUGGUUUUAGCGUUAAAAAUGCGGUUCUCUUCCCUCCAGAAGUGGAGAAAGGAAGGUGGCCUGAUGAUUACUCUCUUUCAGACCAUGCACGACUCACUGUGGUUUUCUCACCGAUCAGAAUGCCAUGUUCUCAACUAAUACCUUGACCAGCUUUUGGUUUAGGUAUAAGAGUUCAACAUAAAGAACCAGAGAGAUUGAUUGGAGGAAGAUUGAGGGAUAUACAGAUUGGUUUUCUGUGUCAAAUAAAUGCUCUUUGGCAGAGAGAUAUCUAAGUUUUCCCACAUGAUAUCUUUUAUACCAUCCAAAAAAUAAUGUCAAUGCCCUGCACUGCAGAAGGCCAAUUAUACCAAAAGGUAAAUGCUCUUGUAGUGAAAACGCCCAUAUCUGUGCCAACAAGUGGAAUACCAUUCGUUCCACAAUGCAUAGUGUACGGUUGUGCCUCCCACCAUGUUUGUUCAUUGAGGAGAAAAGAAAAAAAUGGUAAAAGAAGGUGAUAUAUUUGUACAGUUACACGUAUAGAUGUAGCCUGGCUGCAAUUCACCUUUCCUGUAGCAUGGGUGAAAUCACUUAGAUGAACCAUGUUAGAGAUUUUGUACUGGGAAUGCAAUCAGGUUACUUUUUUUUACAUACCUUUCUUGUAAAAGUUUUCUCUCACAGCUUGACUUCAUAUACACCGAAUAUGAUAGAAAUAAAUUGAAAAAAAUUGAAAAAUUACACAA